AUGCCUUUCCACAAGGUCACUCUCCCGCCGUCCGUUUUCCCAAUCUACUUGCUCCCGCCACUCCCUUUCCGACGACGGCGCAAGACUUCUACCGACUCAAACGCAUCUACCGACUCUACCGUAUCCUCUGUAAUCGACGGCACCUCAUCCUCCACGAGUGGCGGCGAUGCCGCUUCCCCCGAGAAUUUCUUGUCGGGACAUACUUCGCGCCUUCGGUGCGCCAGAUGCGCCACAGAUCUGUGCCUGACCUCGCAGAUUAUUAGCAAGGGCUUUACCGGGCGACACGGACGCGCAUAUCUCGUCAGCGGCAACACGACCGUUUCGCUGCCCAACACUACCACCCACAAGCCCACGCCGCGACAACUGGUCACGGGCGCGCACACAGUCAGCGACAUUAGCUGCGCGUUUUGCGGCGCCGUGCUUGGCUGGAAAUAUGUCGCCGCAGAGGACGAGAGCCAGCGGUACAAAGUGGGGAAAUUCAUCCUUGAAACACGCAGAGUGUGUACUGCGUCGUGUUGGGAAGAGGAGUACGAUUAUCAGACCGCAGAUGACGGGGCCCUUGCAGUUGCAGCAAACGCCGCAGGGGCUGUGCCACCCAUGAAGAAAGAUGAGGAGAUUGAAUUCGACAGUCAAGACGAGGAUGAAUGUGAAGAUCUGUUUGCAGGCGUUUGGUCCUCGGCGCUGGCAGCGAGACGGAGGAAGGGCAAGAAGUUUGAAAGAUGA